AUGGUAACCAUUUAAACUCUUCCUCAAACCUGUUAGAUCCAUCCAUGGCGGUGAACCAGAUAUAGGAGAGUUUCAUAAUAUCUUUAUGAAUAUUUUGAUAUCUCUCAAUUAUAGGAAGUUGUUGUAAUUAGGUCUAAUAUACGUGUGUAUAUAUAUCAUCAUAAACCAUCAAUAGAAGUUAAGCAUUCCAAUUAUCUUACAUGGUAUCAUUGAGCCUAUUUUGUCUAACGACAUAACCCUACAGCCGCCGCACUUCUCCCUUUUCUUCCUGACGACGUUAUCUUCCGAUAUCGUCAACCCUUAUCUCAAUGGCCGCUGAUAAUACAUCCUUGCCCGCCGUCGAUGGCACUUCCUCCGGCACAGAAACUGUUGUUUCGUUCAAUCCCGUCGAACCUCGCAAAUCGCUUCUCACGGUGAAUAUGACAAAUAUCACCAAACUUACUCCUUCGAACUACAUCACUUGGAGCCUUCAGAUCCGUGCCUUGCUCGAGGGCUACCAGCUUGAUGGGUUCAUCGUUGAUGACGGGACUAUUCCGUCGGCUACACUCCUUUCCGAUGGCACCGGUGGUGUCAAUCCUGCUUUCGCACCAUUCAAGCAGCAGGAUCGCUUGCUUUUUAGCGCUCUCCUUGGCGCAAUCUCCGUUCCCUUGCAGCCUUUGAUUGCUCGUUCGAUCUCGGUUCGUGAAGCCUGGCAAACCCUAGCCAACACUUAUGGCAAGGCAUCUCGCGGUCACCUCCUUCAGCUCCGAGAUCAGAUCAAACGCUGUGUCAAAGGUACACAAUCUGUUGACGAAUAUCUCCGCUUCAUUACGUCAAAGGCCGAUGAGCUUGCUCUCCUUGGCAAGCCCAUGGAUCUUGAAGACAUACUUGAUGCUAUACUUGAUGGAUUGCCGGAGGACUACAAACCGAUCAUUGACAUGGUCCUUGCCAAAGAUGUUGCCAUCUCAGUUGAUGAACUACAUGAGAAGUUGAUCAACCACGAGGCGAAACUAGCUGCGGCAACUCCUCCCUCGUCGCCCUCAUUCCCGAUCACAGCUAACAACACGGGUGCUCGCUCUCGUCAUGGUAACUCUCGUGGUGGUCACGGUCAUUCUCGCGGUGGUCAUGGUAACCGCAAUGCGUCUGGUUCUUCGCGUGGCUAUCAAGGUCGUUGUCAAGCUUGCGGGAUUUUUGGACAUAGUGCGCAACGUUGUCCUCAAUUCCGCUUGGUAAAUGCUCCUAAUUCCUGUGCACCACAGCCCACCUCUCCUUGGUCGGCUCCUUCUCGACCCUGGCAGCCUAGUGUGAACCACAUUGCGGUUCCUCCUCAUGAUCCGAACCCUUGGCUUGUGGACAGCGGAGCUUCGCAUCACAUCACCUCUGAUCUUUCGAACUUGGCGCUUCAUCACCCGUAUCAUGGCUCUGAGGAUGUGGUCUUAGGUGACGGUUCGGGUCUUCCGAUUACUCAUACGGGUGAAGGAUCUAAACACGGGGGCGCCGCUCAUCCACGGACUACCUAAGGAUGGAGUUUAUGUAUGGCCGGCGACCAAGCCUCUUUCCUCACCUCCCACCGCCCUUUCGUGUCUCAAACUCACCUUAUCCGAUUGGCACUCUCG